AUGCCAUUUGUAGAUCUGUUCAACGGUCAGACCGAUUACUAUGAAGUCGACGACUUCACUGACCCUUGGAAAAGCGACACCAGCGAGAUUGUCGUUUUUCAGCCUGGCAUUCUUCGGCACACAGAAUUCGUCUACCAUCUGGUGCCUCUAAUGAGCAGAGACGUUCGAUUUAUCCGGAGGGAUUUACGAGGCCACGGGAAGGCCUCUGGUGGCGACAGCAACGGUUAUCCCUACACUCUCGACACACUCAUCGACGAAAUGGCUGAUUUUGUCGACAAGGUUGCUGGCCGGCCCGUCCAUUGGAUAGGUGAGAGCACUGCUGGCAUGAUAAGCCUGGCAUUUGCAGCAAAACACCCGGACAAGCUGAAAUCUUUGAUUUUGAUGUCCUCACCUGUGGUUCUUGGUGAAGAAUUUCACAAGAUGGUAUCGGAGCCGUACUCAAGUCAGGGUGAAGCGAUGAGGAAGCUCGGCUUAGUUGAGUGGCAGAAGAGCCGUCCUGUCUCGAGACUCGGGACGAACCAAGACAAAGUGACUAACGAGAUGGGUCGCUUUAGUGGUCCAGAAUAUCUGAAAUGGUACGACCAAAUGCUUUUGAAGCACAAUGUCGAAUCCGUUGCCAAGUAUUGUGACUUUGUUGCUGAUGUGGAUGUCCGCCCGCUUAUCGAACUGGUCAAGGUCCCCACGCUCAUUGUCUCGCCGAAGAAUAGCAUGGCUAGUCCCGUGGCUGUGAACGAGGAUGUGGCUCGAAAGAUUAGCGAUAGCCGCCUCGUGAUUAUCCCGAGUGUAGGUCAUAUGGUCUAUAUUGACGAGGCUGAGAAGACUUGUUCGGCAAUACUAGACUGGGUCGAAGACCUGCGAAAGAGGUCUUAG